UGACUUCCCUUUUGAAGAGAGCAACUACUGAGGUUCAAAGAGUCACACCAACAGCGUCGUUUGCCGUCUCCGGACCCGAAUCUUCCAAAUCUGUUUGCCAACAUCGACAACAACUAGAGGAAUGACAUUCCAAACACCCGGUUCGACAACGACGAUAGUGCAGCCCCCUUUGCUGGCACACAUAUCCCCCGUUUUAUCGCAUCAGCAUCCCUCUGAACCCCAACCUUCUCUCACACCGCAGAUGUCCCAGACCUCGCCAAUGUCCAUCAUGAUGGGGAAGGCGAACGGCGACCCAUCUGGAAAACGCCGGGGGAAGAGCUUCAUGGAGCGAAUCAGGCAUUUCACACCGAGUUGGUUCGCCGUGACCAUGGGCACCGGGGUGCUCCCCGUCGUCUUCCACCAGCUGCCGUACGGUCUCGCCCAGCACUUGUACUGGCCAUGCGUCGCCCUCCUGGGACUGAACGUCGUUCUUCUUUUCCUGUUCACCAUCGCUACCGUCUUGCGGUACAUCUUCUUCCCCGGAAUCUUCAGACUCAUGCUUCUUCACCCUCAGCAAUCGCUCUUCCUCGGUACGAUCCCGAUGGGCUUCGCGACGGCCAUCAACGCGGCUACGAGUUUGUUGGUGGAGACGAAGGGCUGGGGCGGGGACGGACUGCUUGAUUUCUUGUGGGGGAUGUACUGGUUCGACUUUGCCCUGAGCGCCGUAGUCUGCGUAGGGAUGAUCCACGUCGUGUCGACGAAGCACCCGCUCACCCUCGACCAAAUCACCGCAACCAUCCUUCUCCCCUUCGUCCCGCCCAUCGUCGCUGCCGCCCUAGGCGCACAACUCGGCACCGCACUGGCAGAGACACACCCCGGCCGUGCCCAGCUCACGCUGUUCGUCUCCUACGCCUCGCUAGGUCUCGGCCUGCCAACAGCGAUGCUCCUGCUCUCCGCGUACACUGUUCGGCUCGUAUUGCAGGGUGCUCCUCCCCGGGGUGCGUUGACAUCCGUCGUGCUCCCUCUCGGGCCGCUCGGGCAGGGCGGACUGGCGUUCAUCUCCCUCGGCGAGCUAGCACAGAAGAUCGUCACCCUCCAAGACCUGGAGACGUCGACCAUCCCCACAAACAGCAUCUUCGGCGUAGGCGUCAUGGGCGACUUUGCAUUCAUAUACGGCGUGGUGAGCGGGAUGCUGCUCUGGGGGUUCGGGCUGUGUUGGUUGUGCCUCGCGUUGGAGACAUUCGGGGAAGCCAUCUUCAGGAAACAAGGGCCAAAGUUCGGGAUGCCCUGGUGGGGCCUGACUUUCCCCCUCGGAGUAUACACGCUCCUGACGCUGAGCCUGUCUGUCGCCCUCGCUCCUACGCCCAUCUCCUUCUUCCUCGAAGCGCUCGGCUCUGCGCUGGCAGCGACGCUCUUCCUCAUCUGGCUCUACGUGGCCAUGCGCACACUCAUAUUGGGUAUCGAGGGGAGCAUGUUCGACGCUCCUUGUCUGCAGAAUCUGGAGGAAUUGCCGAUGCUGGCUGCUGAUGGGCCAGGUCCUGAGGAAGAGGAAAUCGAGAUGGAGGCAAGAAGUUGGAGGGAUGGGAGCGUGAGGACUAUGGCGGAGUAGGCUUAGUUAACGGUGCAGGGGGUUGUAGGAUGGGAUAGAGAGAGGAAGAGAGAGGUAAAAGCGAGGUGAAAUGUGUAAG